AAUAGCUAACUAUUUUCUUUGUUUAAGAUUGCUUAUUUGCGUUAGCUGACGGUAGCCCUGUGGUAAGCGAUAAAGCCUUCGAUUUUGAUGACAGACUGAAACCAACAUGGAUGAAGAAGAAGAAUCAACACCGUUACAUAUUCAGCGAGAUCGCAGAUCUCCCUGGACUGGAUGGCUGAUAUACGCUACAGCAGUAGCCGUAUUAGGGUCUUCAUUUCAAUUCGGUUAUAAUUCUGCAUGCAUAAAUUCGCCAGUUGAGGACAUCAAAAAAUAUUUCAAGACACAACACAAACCACUGGCCACGUAUGACUGGUCAAUCAUUGUUGGGAUAUUUCCAUUUGGAGGAAUGCUUGGUGCCCUGGUUGGUCCAACGUUGUCAAAUAUAAUAGGAAGGAAGAGAUGUCUACUGUACAAUAACUUCAUUGCAGCUAUAGGCUCGAUAUCCAUGAUUGUCUCUUACUAUGUUGUAUCAUCACCUCUUCUGAUUAUUGGACGAAUAUUCAUUGGUAUAAAUGCAGGUUUAAACACAGCUGUUGUACCUAUCUACCUGUCAGAAAUCUCACCAAUUCAACUCAGAGGGAGUCUUGGAACUCUGAAUCAGUUUGGAAUUUGUUUUGGAAUUCUCCUUGGGUAUAUCUUUGGCUUGAAAGAGGUCCUUGGGUCUGGCUCUAAAUGGCCAUGGCUGAUUGGUUUCUCUAUUGUUCCUGCAAUAAUUCAAAUGAUGACACUUCCAUUUUGCCCCCGAAGUCCUCGCUACCUCCUGCUCAAACGCAAUAAAGAGGCAGAUGCAGUGCAUGCACUUCAGAUUUUACGAGGAACGAAUGAUGUUAGUGAAGAUAUUGCUGAAAUGAGGAUCGAGCAGGAGCAGUCAUUAAGGGAACCCCACGUCAGUGUAACCUCACUGUUUCGACUCAAGCACCUACGCAUGCCACUGUUGAUUGGCGUGGUCAUGCAGAUGUCACAGCAGCUCAGUGGAAUCAACUCUGUGAUUUAUUAUUCCACUACUAUAUUAGACGAGGCGCACAUCCCUGGCAGUCGAUACGCCACGCUUGGAGUAGGAAUUAUCAGCCUGAUAAUGACAGGAGUGGUGGUGAGGCUGGUCGAGGUUCUUGGUCGUAGGACACUCAUGCUCUGGGGACUGGGCGGCAUGUGUAUCAUGUAUGGAGUCAUUACCUUGGGGUUCUCUCUCAAGAAGUAUGAUGGUAUGGACUAUGUCGCUGUCAUUGGUAUGAUCGUCCUCGUCAUCUUCUUUCAGCUUGGACCUGGCCCUAUCCCAUGGUUUAUCACGGCCGAGAUCUUCUCCCAGGGUCCACGCCCCGCCGCGUGUACUGUCGCCGCUGUCGUCAACUGGCUUUCUAACUUUAUCAUCGGGAUUGGCUUCCCUUCCCUCCAGAAAGCACUGGACCCGUACACAUUUAUUGUGUUUCUUGUUCUGGUACUCGGCUUCUGGCUCUUUACAUACUUCCUUGUACCGGAAACCAAGGGGCGAUCCAUCGACGAUAUUACCCGACAAUUCCGGGGGGACUCGCACAUAACGCUUGACUAUUCUCGCCUUUCCACGGACGACGAAGGCGAUGAGAAGACAGAGGAAUAGCCGCCCGCCUAGAGUUAAGUAGAGCGUAGAGAGUAGAGUUAAGUAGAGCGAAUAGUAGAGCGAAAAAGAGAGAGUGGAACUUCUAUAUGCGGACAUCUUCUUUAUAAUUGACAUUUUCCAGUCUCGAUUUAAGCUUCCUAGGUCACGCUAUAGAUACUCCUUUGUAAAAAUAUAUAUAAGAUAUCCUUUGAUACUUCUAUAAACUUGCUUUUUGGCCCCGGAGGUUUCCGUUAUGGGAGUUCCACUGUAGACAGUUUUAUCAUAAAUGUAUGAAUAUAAAAAGGAGCCUCGGGAUGGCGACACUCGAUCUGAUGUAAUCUCCCGCUAAAAUAAUGCUAUGUGAAAAAAAGUAAUUUCUAUUCCACGAUUUCUCAAUAUGGCGAAUUUUCGACACAUCGUCAUGUCGCGGUUUCUCUGAUAUUAGCUUUUGCAGUACGAUGCUGUGUCGAGUGUGGUGGUGAUACUGAAUAAUGGUGGUUGUGAUGAUGAUGAAAAUGAAUGAUGAUGAAUGAUGAUGAAGAUGAGUGAUGAUGAUGACGACGACGACGACGAUGAUGAUGAUGAUGAUGAUGAUGGCGAAUGUAAUGAGAUAAUAAGCAUGGUGAUGAUGAUGAUGAUGAUGAUGGCGAAUGUAAUGAGAUAAUAAGCAUGGUGAUGAUGAUGAUGAUGAUGAUGAUGAUGAUAAUGAUGAUGAUGAUGGCGAAUGUAAUGAGAUAAUAAGCAUGGUGAUGAUGUCUGAGGUUCUGGUGAUAAUUAAUAGUUGAAUAAUGAUAAUGCUUUUUUUAUUUCGAUAAGGAAAUCCAUCAUAUUCACUCACAAAUAUGCCUCUCUGUUUCUACAGAGUUCCAAGCAUCAAACAUUUAAUCAAAAAUAACAAAAUUUAUAUAAUAUCAGAUGUAAAAAUUGCCAUAUAUCAAAGUUAAUUUCUAGCUUCGAAAUAAUAUUUAAAGGAUUCAAACGUUCUGCCAUAAAUACAGGGCCGUAGCAGGGGAUGGGGUACUGAGGGAAAUUACCAGUUGUGGCGUUACUGUGUGCCACCAAUAUUUUCUUAAUGCUUCUGUAUCAAGGCCUGCUACGGCUCACGUAGGCAAAUGUUUGAGCGAGGCCAGUGCUUUUUGAAUUUUGUAAGUACAUAGGUGUGCUUGCUACAUGGGAAUGAGGCUAGUGCGAAAUGAGAGCUUGCUCUCAUAAGCGACCACUGGGCGCUUGAACUUGAACAAUAGGUGUUGGUCUCUUACGGGCGAGUUUUUAUCAAAUUCCCAAAAAAGCACAGAUUGUGUCUUAAAAUCCAUUUCUUAAACUAGUUGCGAAAAAAUCUUUUCAGAUAUAAAUGGCCAUAAUAAAGAGUUGAACUUAAUUUAACAUAUAGAAUGUUUAUCUAAAUAUAAUACGUUGCUUCUUUGUACAAAAGAAUUAUUAACCCGAGCCUUCUUUUAUGUUCUAAUAUUUUUAUGAGUUUUUAAGACUUUGUAUUGUUAGUAAGAAAUGUGCAAGAAUGUGCGCAUAUUAUAGUCGCCUGAGAUUUUGACAAAUGAUUUGACUUUGACUGCAUUUCCUAUAAUAACGAAUGGCUUGUUGGUUGUUUUUGCCCAAUUAAACUUUUCUCAUUUAGAAAGACGAGUUACUUUAGAGUGCACAGAUUCAAUGUUGAGAUUCUAAAUGAAAACGCACUAUAAAAUGGGUCUAUUGCUACUGCGUUUUGGAUAAACUCGAACGUAAAAGCCUAAUCAACAAAGUUCUAAGUAUUUAUUUGGACUUAUAGCCAUCACCAGAUGGCUAUAUCUUCAACUAGUUUGCGACAAAAAUAUUAUGUCAUCCAUAAAUGGCCCUUAUUAUAGCUUGGAUUAAAAACUAAUAAAGCGCCAAACUCAUA